AUCAUGCCCAAGGACGCUGACAAGCCGCGCGGCCGCAUGUCGGCCUAUGCUUACUUCGUGCAGACCUGCCGCGAAGAGCAUAAGAAGAAACACCCCAGUGAGAGUGUCGUCUUUGCCGAGUUCUCGAAGAAGUGCUCUGAGCGCUGGAAGACCAUGAAUGACAAGGAGAAGCACCGCUUCCACCAGCUAGCCGACAAGGACAAGAAGCGCUACGAGUCCGAGAUGGCCAACUACAAGCCCAAGAAGGGUGAGGGCCGCAAGAAGAAGCGCCAAAAGGACCCUGACGCACCCAAGCGCCCACUUUCGGCUUUCUUCUGGUUCUGCAAUGACGAGCGUUCCAAGGUGAAGGCAACCAUGCCCGACUCAACCGUUGGCGAUGUCGCCAAGGAGCUCGGCCGCCGCUGGAACGAGUGCACCGAGGACCAGAAGUCCAAGUACGAGGCUCUUGCUGCCAAGGACAAGGCUCGCUACGAGAAGGAGCUGAAGGCAUACAAAUCUUCGGGCAAGCCGGCUCCCAGUGCCAAGGGAAAGGCCAAGCCCGUGAAGAAGGUCGAGUCGUCCGAGGAGGAGGAGGACGACGAUGAAUCCGACGAUGAUGACGAUUCCGAUUAA